AUGGAAGAAGAAACACAACAUAAUGAAAUUUACCAUAAUACAUUAAAAAAAACUAUUGAACAAUUGGAACAUAAAAGUAUUAAAGAAAAAGUAAUGAAAAAUACAUUCCAAUUGUUUAUUAUCCUUUCUGAGUUUCAUCAAAAACAGUAUCAAAUGAAAAGUGUUUUUCUUAAUGGAUUAACUCUUUUUUUAAUACAAGUUAUUAAAAAUAAAUAUACUCAAAAUGAUAUUCAAUUUAAAAAUGAAAUUGUUAUGAAAGAGUUUGAAGAUCAAACAAUUCAAAAUAAAUUUAUUAAUUGGUGUAAUAAAACAGUUGCAUUAUGUACGUUAAAUGAUAAUUAUUUAAAUAUAUUAUUUAAUUAUUAUUCUAUAAUAAUUUUUGAUAUUCAACACUACUUUGAAAUUUUUAAUCAAUAUGAUUCUGAAGCUUGUAAAUGGUUAAAUUCAUUUAAACAAUUACUAAUACAAUUUUUUAAUGUUCCUUGUUCAUUCGAUCCUUUGAAACAAAAUGAACAAAUAAAUGGAAUAGUUGAUUUAGAUAAUACUAACAACUCAAAAGAAAGACUUUCAUCUGAAGAUAGUAUAUUACCAAUAGUCCAAGAGAUAGAAAAUGAUUUAGUACUCUUUGAAGAUACUAAUGCAGCUAAAGUUAGUAAAACAACAACAAAAAGUGGGGCAGUGGUAAGAGAAAUUGAAGGUGAAAAAGAUAUACUUGAACGGUUCCAGGGAAGUUAUUUAAAUGAGCCAUUAGGACAAUUAAAAUCAAGAAGUGAAUGUGAUACUCAAAAGUUGUGUUUGAGGAAUAGAGAUGUUAAUGGAUUUGGUUUUAGGUCACCAUUUAUAUCUCGACUAGUUGCUCACGAAAAAAUAAUAGAUGAUAAACAGGAUAAGAAUAAUCUUAAAAGAAAAGAAAAAAUUACUAUAAAUGAAACAAAUGAAGAAGAACAAAAAAUGGAUGAAAUGAUUCUCAAAACACAAAAAGAAAUGGACCGUCAAAUGAAAGAAAGAGAAGAUAAAAAUUUACAAAUUAUUUCUUUGUUACAUAACCAAGAGUCAUAUGAUAAAUCUGUAGUAUUAUCAGAUGAAAUAAAUAAAAAGAAGUCUCAAGAAAACCAAGAAAAAAAGAAACCAAUUCAACCUAUUUCAGAUCAAAAAGAGGAUAUUCAUAAAAAAUUUCAAAGUGAUAAUAAUGAGUUACCUAUUCAUUUCCAAAUUAAAAAAUUGUUUCAUUCAACUAUUGAUUCAGUUGUUAUAAAAAUUAAACAAAAAUUCAUUGAAAUUGUUGAUGGUAAAAAAAGAGGAAAUCCAAUAAGUUGUGUCUUUGAUUGUGAUGAUGAAGGAUUAAAUAUGAAGUGCAAUUAUCGAGUGUAUGUUUAUCCAUUUGAACAAAGUGUCUUUGACCAACAAACAUAUCACCAUGUUCAAACAGAAAUUAUUAAAAAUAAAGGUCUUGUUUCAAAUUAUCUUGUUACAAUAAAUAAUACAAAACACCCAUUUGUAUUUGUUUGUCCAGCAACUCGAAUAUCAAUGUGUUCAUUACCAAAAAAGAAUUAUGUUAAACAACCAAACCUCACAGCCAUUUUUCCUAUUCCAAUUUAUCCAGAAAAGAAUAAUUAUUAUGUUGUUUAUCAUAAUUAUUUGAGAAGAUGUGAUGAAAAGGAUAUAAUUAGUUUUCAUGUAGUUUUUAAAGAAAAAUAA